UCUUUCCCUUCUUUCACUUCCAAAUUCCAAAUCUCUCUCUUUCUCUCAUUCUCUCUCUUUCUCAUUCAUUUUCACAUCCAAAAAAACCCACAAUGUCUACGUAUAUCAUGUAAACAGUCGUAUAUAUAUAUAUGCACCAAGCUUUCUCUCUCUCCCUGCAGAGCAAGCUUUCAUGGCGGGUCUCCACUCUACUCUCAGACCCACCUCUUCUUAUUCAUCUUUAUCAUUAUCUUCUUCUUCUUCUUCACAGUCCUUCACGUCUCGCCUCGUCUUGCUCCUCACACUUCUCUCCUUCACCCUCGCUGGCUUCGCUUUCAUUCUCCAAUGGCGGGGCGGACUCAACGACCCCGUGACCCGUUGGUCUCCGGACCACCAUGAGUUCCCCGGAAUGGCCAUUUCCGGGUCCGGACCCUCCCACCCCUCUCGCUCCGAUUGUGUCGAUCUUCUCGGUCAGAGUCGCUCGCCGACGUUUCCUUAUUACAGGGAUUGGAAUUUCGGGCUCGGGUCGGAUCUGAAGCCAAAGAUAUGUAUUACGACGAGCACUUCUGCUAAUCUAGAGCAGAUUUUGCCAUGGAUCUUUUAUCAUAAAGUUAUUGGAGUUUCAAACUUUUUCCUUUUUGUGGAAGGGAAGGCUGCCUCUGCAAAUGUGACUAAAGUCUUAGAAUCAAUUCCAGGGGUGAAAGUUAUAUACAGAACCAGAGAAUUAGAGGAGCAGCAAGCUAAAAGCCGGAUCUGGAAUGAAACUUGGUUGGCCAGCUUCUUCUACAAGCCAUGUAACUAUGAGUUGUUUGUGAAGCAAUCUCUCAAUAUGGAAAUGGCGAUUGUCAUGGCAAGGGAGGCUGGAAUGGAUUGGAUUUUCCAUCUUGACACUGAUGAACUAAUACAUCCAGCAGGAACUAGGGAGUACUCUUUGAGACAAUUGCUGUCUGAUAUUCCUGGAAAUGUUGAUAUGGUUAUCUUUCCAAAUUAUGAGAGCAGUGUUGAACGAGAUGAUAUUAAGGAACCUUUCAGUGAGGUCUCAAUGUUCAAGAAGAACUAUGAUCAUCUUCCAAAAGAGGUAUAUUUUGGCAAUUACAAAGACGCAACUCGUGGUAACCCAAACUACUUUUUGACCUAUGGAAAUGGGAAAUCAGCUGCUCGGAUUCAAGAUCAUCUUCGUCCCAAUGGUGCACACAGAUGGCACAACUACAUGAAGUCCCCAAAUGAGAUCAAAUUAGAUGAGGCUGCUGUUCUACAUUACACAUACCCUAAAUUUUCUGAUUUAACUUCAAGACGUGACCGGUGUGGCUGCAAGCCUACAAAGGAAGAUGUUAAAAGAUGCUUCAUGCUGGAGUUUGACAGAGCUGCAUUCAUAAUUGCUUCCACUGCAACAGAGGAGGAAAUGCUUCGCUGGUACAAUGAACGCAUUGUGUGGACUGACAAAGAACUAAACUUAAAACUUAUGAGGAAGGGUAUCUUGACUCGCGUUUAUGCUCCUAGUGUCAUUAUUCAAAGUCUGAGGGAAUCUGGUGUUUUUAGCACCACAAUAGCAUCAGCUAUGAAAACGAGUGUUUCAAAGGAAAGUUUCUUAAAAUCCGUUGAGAGUAGCAACUCUUCUAGGGUACUAUCAUCUGGAGUUAUUUCUUCAAGAAAGAUUGGUAACAGCAGAGAGACCCAAACAAAUGGAAGAAAGGUCUUGGAAAUCACAGAAUUUGAUUCUCACCCCUUGGCUAUCCCACCCUUAUCUCCUCCUGGCCUGCAUGAUUUUCACAUUGAUUCAUAAAUUUUUUUGACAUUGACUAUGACCCAUCCCUCCUUGCCAUAGACAGCUUCCUGUUUGGAGGUUUUGAAUUUUUCCUGAGAAGAGAAUGAGAGAAAGCUGUUGGCUAUUCUGAGGCACUUCAUUGUUCAGUUUUAUGGGGUUCUUCCCGAUCAUUACCCAAGCGCUGGUGUACAUUUCAGGUUUAGAUUAUAGGUUUUACAGAGUGAUAGGUGUAGAGCGGAUUUUGAUUGCAGAUUCUUGAUUUUCUUACAGCUUGACCAUGUGUAACCAUUGGCUGAUUGCCCGAGGUUGUAAUCUGAAAUAUUAGGCCUCACAUUUGUUUGUUAAUACAUAUUGAAGGGGGUGACAUUAGAAUAUUCUUUCCCCAGUCAUAAUACUGAGAUGGCUGCUCAAUAAACAUGGCUGAUUGCCAUUGAUUUUCUCCAUUUAGUUAAAAAUAGAAAAGCCUUCUGUGGAUUUAUUGAUUU